AUGUCUCAAAUGCCGCAGCAGGGUUUUGUGCCUGAAAAAAUUCAGGAGUUCAACCGAAGAGCGUCACAAGACGCUACCGAUUCAGCUAAAAGAAAUCCUCAAGAUUCCAAAAAGGAGCUUAACCAAAAUGACGUCGACAAGCCGAGUGAUAAAUCUAAAGUUGAGGAUAAAGUUAAAACCGAACCUCCUCCUCGACAAAGUCAAGAAAGUAAGAACCCGUUUUCGCCCCACUUCUAUAGAAGCAGUCGACCCCAUGGUCAUUUUGAGAUGGGUCCACGUGGUUUGGACUAUUCGCCACAUCGUAUGGGAUUGGAGUUUUCCAAUCGUCUUCGAGAGUAUGGUCCUCAAAGAUCAACGUCUAUCCAUGGCCAUGAAUUGACAGAUGGUCCAAUGCCGAUGAAACCUGAAUACUUGGGUCAUAGAAGUCACUUUGGAAGUCAGAUUGUUCCUGGCGGUAUGAACCACCCGGAUGUUGUGUUCCGUCAAGAUUAUUAUGUACCAGUUGGAUUAUCCCCACCACGAGCUUCAAGGUUUUCCUCUCAGGAGUAUUUAAAUGCUCCUGCUCAAUAUGGCAGAUGGCCAGACUACAGGGGCGAAUACCGUCAGCGCAGAAGGUCUCAACAGGAUCUGCAUUCUAUGGGCCAUAGUCCUGAAUCAGGUAUAUUUAGUUCUAAUUUUAGAAUUAUUCGUAACGAUUCUAUGGAUUUCAAU